CGCAACGGGUUUGCCGCCAGAACACAGGUGUAGUGAAAACCACCGCUGAAUCUAACCCAAAAUGGGAAAGGAAAAGACACACAUCAACAUCGUCGUCAUUGGACACGUAGAUUCCGGCAAGUCUACCACUACUGGUCAUCUGAUCUACAAAUGUGGUGGGAUCGACAAAAGAACCAUUGAAAAAUUUGAGAAGGAGGCUGCUGAGAUGGGAAAGGGCUCCUUCAAGUAUGCCUGGGUCUUGGAUAAACUGAAAGCUGAACGUGAGCGUGGGAUCAUCAUUGAUAUCUCCCUGUGGAAAUUCGAGACCAGCAAGUAUUAUGUGACCAUCAUCGAUGCCCCAGGACACAGAGACUUUAUCAAAAACAUGAUUACAGGCACAUCUCAGGCUGACUGUACUGUCCUGAUUGUUGCUGCUGGGGUUGGUGAAUUCGAAGCAGGUAUCUCCAAGAAUGGGCAGACCCGUGAGCAUGCCCUUCUGGCUUACACACUGGGUGUGAAACAACUGAUUGUUGGUGUUAACAAAAUGGAUUCCACUGAGCCGCCUUACAGCCAGAAGAGAUACGAGGAAAUCGUUAAGGAAGUCAGCACCUACAUUAAGAAAAUUGGCUACAACCCUGACACAGUCGCAUUUGUGCCAAUUUCUGGUUGGAACGGUGACAACAUGCUGGAGCCAAGUGCUAACAUGCCUUGGUUCAAGGGAUGGAAAGUCACCCGUAAAGAUGGCAGUGCCAGUGGAACCACACUGCUUGAAGCUCUGGAUUGUAUCCUGCCACCAACUCGUCCAACUGACAAGCCUUUGCGUCUGCCCCUCCAAGAUGUCUACAAAAUUGGUGGUAUUGGCACUGUCCCUGUGGGCCGAGUGGAGACUGGUGUUCUCAAACCCGGCAUGGUGGUCACCUUUGCUCCAGUCAAUGUUACAACUGAAGUAAAGUCUGUUGAAAUGCACCAUGAAGCUUUGAGUGAAGCUCUUCCUGGGGACAAUGUGGGCUUCAAUGUCAAGAAUGUGUCUGUCAAAGAUGUUCGUCGUGGCAAUGUGGCUGGUGACAGACCUAGAUCUGGAAGAGACCCCCUCUCCUUACGCGCCGGUGGCGCCGCUCCAGCCGCGGCGCGCGCCCAGCCCGGUGGCGCUGCUCCUGCCUGA